AUGGUGAGAUCACCACCCCCAUCACUCUUGUGGAAGAGCUUUAUAGGAAGUAACAUCGUCGCACUAGGAGCUGGUACUCCUUAUUUGUACUCAUAUUACGCGCCUCAGCUACUAUCUCGAUGCAAUAUCCCGAUCAAACAAAGCAGUAACAUUGCAUUGUCGAUCAAUAUUGGGAGUGCGUUGUUAGGUGCAGUCGCCGGUAUGGUUGUCGAUAUAAGCCCGAAGUUAUCAUGUCUGAUCGGUUCUGUCUGUACAUUCUUCGCAUACUUAAUACUGUACAUCUGUUACAGGUAUAUGCUCUCUAAAGUUCUGUUGGUAUCUUUCGCUCUUGUGUUGGUGGGGUUUGGAUCUGUUUCCGGUUUCUACGCGGCCAUGAAGGUUUGCACUGCGAACUUUCCAAACAGAAGAGGCACAGCAGCUGCAUUCCCCGUGUCAUUAUACGGUCUCUCUGGCUUGUUGUUUUCUUUCCUGUGUUCUAGGUUGUUUAAGGAUAAGACAGCUGCCACGUUCUUAUUUUUAUUGGUUGCAUGCUCGUCCAUGAUCUUUGGGGGGGUCUUUACCUUGAAUAUAUGGGACUUCGAAUUUGGGAACCGAAAGCACCUUGGACAAUUAAGCUCCGUUAAAUCUGGUGAAGACGAGAAUACCGUUCUUGGGACAGUGACUACUGGCUUGUUGUUAUCCCCAACCAAAUCUGAUGGAAGUGAUCGAAUCGAGGUGACCCCGUCUGAUUUGAAUGUCAUUACAGAUAGGCAAUCGCCUAUUGGCAACUCUUUAACAAAGAAUAUCUCAAGAACGUUUUCCAUUGCGCGUUUGUUUUCCCUAAGUACGUACCGAUCGAAUACAAAAUUGCAUUAUCAUGCUGAGACGCCUCCUUCAAGAAAAAAUUAUUCCACCGUUAGAGAAGGGAGAUCUACAUCAUUCGAGCAGCAGUCUAUUGAACUGCAAAGCUUGGAUCAGGAAUAUCAGGAAACAGAAAGAAAUGAAGAUUACAAAUAUUCAAGCUCAGUGGAUAAACCGGUGUGGGAUUGUAUCAAAUCACCGAUCUUUAUAGCAUAUUGUAUCAUUGUUGCUACCUUGCAAGGAAUCGGACAAACAUAUAUUUACUCCGUUGGUUUUAUUCUGCAAGCACAGAUCAAUUCUAUGGGUUAUAAAUUACCGCCCAACUUCAACGCCACAAAACUACAAGCAUCGCAUGUUGCUCUGAUUUCGUUUGCAUCUUUUUUAGGUAGACUCUCAUCAGGUCCAAUAUCCGAUAUGCUGGUUAAACGAUAUAACUCUCAACGUCUUUGGAAUAUUUUUAGUGCAUCGCUCCUGUUUGCAUUUGGUGCAAUGAAAGUUUCCGAGGCACCACCAAUCGCACAGCAAAAUGGUGCAGGUUUUGAUUUGCAAGAACUGUAUUUUUCCUCAAUUUUUUUUGGAUAUGCCUUCGGGAUCAUGUUUGGUACUUUCCCUUCUAUUGUAGCGGACACAUUCGGAACAUCGAGCUUCAGUACCUUGUGGGGCAUCAUAACAACCGGAGGUUUACCCUCAGUGAAGUUGUUUUCCACUAUUUUGGCAAGCGACCUUACUUUAAACACAGCAGCAGGUGAUACUAUAUGCAAAGUUGGAGUUGAAUGUUAUGCUCAUACGUUCCGCGUUAUUGAAGGUUUUGCCUUGUUUGCUGCUUUCAUUACAUCCACACUUAUAUUAAUGAACUAUCUGAAAAAUAAACAAGAGCGUCGACAACCAUGA